AUGCAUGUCUGGACUUUCAGCACCAAUAUCUUCCUAAGUCUUUGGGGGAUCUUCGUGUGUCCAAGGAGCCCUGGAUGGAUGGACUUCCUCCAGCACCUGGGUGUCUGCUGUUUUGUUGCUUUCCUUUUAGUGAGCUUCUUCUCUGUGGCCUUCUUCUGGUUUUUGUCAUCAUUCUUGGUGUUCACCAUCUCCUGGAUUGUCAUGUGUGUCCCACUGUGUUGCUCCAAGCCUGCACGAUGCUUCAUUCUUCUCUUCUUUCUCUCCUGUGGCCUACGUGAAGGCAGGAAUGCUUUGAUCGCAGCCGGCACAGGGAUAGUGAUAUUUGGACACGUGGAAAACAUUUUUCACAACUUUAAAGGUCUUCUAGACAGUAUGACUUGCAACCUCAAGGCAAAGAGCUUUUCCAUACAUUUUCCACUUUUGAGACGAUAUAUUGAAGCAAUUCAGUGGAUUUAUGGCCUUGACCAUCCACUAAGUCUAUUUGAUAACCUGGUUUCCUGGAAUCAGACUCUGGCGGUCUCACUUUUCAGUCCCAGUGAAGCAGUGAAGGCGAAGCUAAAUGACACGAGAAUGGAAGUCCUGCAAGUGAUGUACCAAGUGGUGACCACGGCUGACCUACUGUCUUCUCUUGGUCAGAGGCUGUUUGUCAUCGCUGGGCUUUUGCUGGUCCUACUUGGCACUGGCCUCUUCAUGAAGCGGUUUUUGGGCCCUCAUGGUUCAAAGUUUGAAAACAUCUACAUCACUAGACAAUUUGUUCAAUUUGAUGAAGAGGAGAGGCUCCAACAGAGGCCCUGUGUCUUUCCGCUGACUAAGAAGGAACAGAAGGCAUAUGUCGUCAUUCCAUCUUUCUGUCUGACUCCUAAGGAGAGGAAAAACCUGGGGCUGUUUUUCCUCCCCAUACUUAUUCAUUUCUGCAUCUGGGUGCUGUUUGCAGCUGUAGACUAUCUGCUUUAUCGGCUUAUUUUCUCCGUGAGCAAACAUUUCCAAAGCUUGCCAGAGCUGACGGUUCACUUGAAACUGCACACAGAGGUGCAAGGAUUCCAACGUAUCGUUAAUGAUUCUUCCUUUAAUAUAGCUCUGUUUGAACCUGAUUGCAUCCCCAAUCCAAAGCUCCUUCUUUCUAAGAUCUGGAUUCCUCUUAUUAUUAUUCUUGUGGUACUGGGAGUGCUGGGGCUGUUGUCACCUAUUCUGAUGCAACUUAAAAUCCUGGUGACAACAUCUUUCUACCCCAGUGUAGAGAGAGAGCGUAUUCAAUACCUACAUGCAAAGCUACUGAAGAAAAGGUCAAAGCAGCUACCAGGAGAAGUCAAUAAGAAGCUGUAUCUGUAUCUUACACAGAUUCACUUCUGGCUUCCAAUUCUGGAAAUAAAGAAGAAUCAAAGAGACAUUGCAUGUGAAGACAGCCCAUGA